AUGGUUAUACUUAUAGCGGUAAUAUUAUUUUUAGUAGUUGUGUAUUAUAAAAUUGUAAACCGGAGAAAGAUAUCAUUGGCAAAUCGAAUACCGGGUCCAGAUGGAUUAUUUUUUGUGCUAUCUAUUUUACUUGAAGGACCUGAAAAAUUAUUGAAGAAUAUAUUAAAAGUUGCCAGAAAAUACGAGAAUACAUUAAAGAAAGCCUGGAUUUUGGAUCAAUUAUUCGUAUUUCCUGGAAAUCCCGAAGAAAUAGAAGCGGUUUUUACCAAUCCUAAUAUGUUCAACAAAGCUAAACUGUAUAAAAUGGCUAACGACUCAAUUGGGGGCAAUGGAUUAUUUUCAAUCAGGGUGUUUGAUGAAUGGAAAAAUAACAGAAAAUUGGUAGCUGCGGGGUUUAAAUUUUCGAAUCUUAAAUCGUUCGUACCAAUAUUUUACGAAGAAGCAAAAUUCUUGAGCCGUGUAUUGUACGAGAAACGGGAAAUCAAUUCAAAUGAACGUGAUUUAAGCAGGGAUAUCAGUAUGGCGACUUUGGAGAUGAUCGGAAGAACCGCUUUGGGUGUAAAAUUGAAUGCACAGAAAAACGACAACCACAUUAUUGUAAACGGCCUAUUGACACCUCAAAUAGUUGUUCCUAUCAUAGAGAUGGUGCCUGCGUUUUUCGAUCAAUUUCGUAUCCUCCAUUUAAUGAGCAAGAAAGGAGGCCAAGAUACUACAGCUGUGUCGACUGCGUGUUUAAUAUUUAUGUCUCAUCAUCAGGAUGUACAAAAUAAAGUGUUGGAAGAGUUAUUGACAAUAUUUUCUUCUGGCGAUCCGGAUCGACCACCUACCUAUGAGGAUUUACAAAAGAUGCAAUACUUGGAACGUGUAAUCAAAGAAACUCUAAGGCAUUUUCCCCCUCUUCCCUUGUAUGGCAGAAACGUUGAAAAAGAAACUGUUAUCGGAGGCUUUUUAAUCCCUGCAGGAACAACGGUCAUGGUGAUCUCUGCUUGGAUACACUUCAAUCCAAACAUUUAUCCGGAACCAGAGAAGUUCAAUCCGGACCACUUCUUGCCCGAAGCAUGUCGCAGUCGCCAUCCGUAUUCGUUCCUGCCUUUUAGCGGUGGUUACAGGAAUUGCAUUGGUAUCAAAUAUGCAAUGCUUCAAAUGAAAACUGUCGCCUCGACAUUGGUUAGAUCUUAUCGUCUCCGUCCGUCGGAUAAGUGUCCAAAACCUGAUAAUCUUCGAUUAAUGUUUGCUGUUUCACAAACAUUUGUCAACGGUACUACACCGUCUGACGACUUAGAUAAUACUGUAAUUCUUUCUGCUAAUAAAACAGACACACCCGCAGCUGAUAAGCCGUCUACAACAGGGGAAACUCCCGAAUUUUCAGAGAGCUUGGAAAAUGACCCCGAGAUAGAACAGAAAUCGGUUUCACCGAAAGUAAGUGCGAAAGUGAGAAUGAGCAUUACACCACAAAGUUUUUCCGGUCAGAUGACCGAAGACAAUGAUCCAAGAGCCCAAGCCUUGGGUCCGUCGUGUGCUAUUCUACGAACCAAUACAUUUAUUGAAUUUUAA